UGGAAGAAUAUGCAAAAAAUGGUAACAGAAUACAUAAAUAAUUGUGAGUUAUGUCAAGUAGCAAAGUAUGACAGACAUCCACCAAAAAUAAAAUUUUCACUUACACCAACGCCAAAGCAACCCCUAGAAGUGUUACAUAUGGACACUUUCCAAUUUUCUAACACAAAAUUUCUUACUGUUAUUGAUUCAUUUUCAAAAUAUGCACAAGCCUAUCAUUUAGAUCCAGUUUGUACAGCCGCAACAGUGUAUGAAAAUAUUUUGAUAUUUGUGAAUCAUCACGGCAUUCCUCAGUCAGUUACUACUGAUAAUGGAAGAGAAUUCAAUAAUUCCUUAUUUACUGAAUUUUGUAAAUUACACAAAAUCCAGCUUCACUUUACUACACCAUGUAAUUCGAAUAGCAACAGUCCCAUAGAACGAUUACAUUCAACCCUGCUAGAACUCUUAAGAAUUCUAAAAAUUAAAUUUCCAAAAUUAUGUCCAAAAGAACUAAUGCAAAAUGCAAUUUUGGCAUAUAACACGUCAAUUCACAGUGUUACAAAACAACGACCAUUCGACCUUAUAAAUGGCCGCUUAGAUGUCCUAGAUCCAUUUGACCUAUCAGAUGAGAUCAUUGUUAGCCAAUUCAUUGAUGAUAGACGUGAAAGACUAAAAUUCAUUUACAACAAUAUACACCAAGCAACAGACGCUCAUAAAAAGAAUAUUAUAGAAAAGCGUAAUAAAACUAGAGAAGAUCCAUCCAAAUUCCCCCAAGGUUCGAAAGCAUAUGUCAAAGAUAAAACCGCUUCUGGGAGUAAAUUAAAACCAAGAUUCACAAAAACUGAAGUUAAGAAAGAUUUAGGUACAAAAGUUUGGACUAUCAAUAAACGCAAAGGUUUAGUACACAAAUCUCAAAUUCAAAAACCUAAAGCUUUUUCUUCUUUUCCGCAGGAUCAUGAAUCUGGAAAUCAAGAAGGUUCCUAUAGUCAUUCUAUCCCUUCUACUAGUCGCGACAACCAAAGCCAACAAUGACGCAGUUGUCACACCCUUAAAAGCCCCGCUUUUCCCUUAUUCGCUAGGCUAAAAAAGAAAGAGAGAAGCAAGGUUUUCCAAAACAGCAGCCACAUACAAUUGAAAGUUUAAGAGAAAAGGAUGAAACUAUUAUUCAGAAUUUGGAAGCAGAAGAGAACCAGUUAGUACGAGAAGAUCUAGAGAAUGAUGAGUUCAGUGACUACUACAAGCAAUCCUAUGAACCUAAAGUGUUAAUAACAUAUGCUGACAAUCCUAUGAAGAAAAGUAGAAUUUUUGGGAGGGAAUUGAAGAGGAUAAUCCCAAAUUCAGUGUCGCUCUAUAGAAAUACAUCAGUUGUAAAGAAAAUGGUAAAGAGUGCCAUUAAAAAUGAAUAUUUGUAAUAAAUCAAAAUAGGAAGGAGCCCGAUGGACUGUUGGUUAUACAUUUGCCAAAUGGACCAACAGCUCAUUUCAGAUUGAGUAAUGUGAAGAUCACAACGGAAUUGAGAAAAUCUCACAAGGAUAUUACUGCACAUAGACCAGAAGUUAUUUUGAACAAUUUUAAAACAAAGCUGGGUCUCACUGUUGGCAGAAUGUUGGGAGCUUUGUUCCAUUAUGAUCCAGAAUUUCAAGGCGCCAGAGCUGUCGCCUACCAUAAUCAGAGGGAGGGAUUAUAUCUUUUUCAGACAUUAUAGGUACGGUUUCGACGGUGAUGGCAAGAGAGCAAGAUUGAUGGAGCUCGGGCCGAGAUUUACGUUGCGAUUGAAAUCUUUGCAGAAAGGCACCUUCAUAGAUGGAAGACGGCAUAAAAUGGAGACAAGUAGAAGGAAGUUCUUUUUGUGAAUUGUUUUUGCUGACAUAUCUCCAUUUAGGUGGAGGACAUUUUAUGCAUGAAAAUAAAGUUGAUUUGAGUUGCA